AUGGUUGAUUCUUCUAAUAAUGUACCAUAUACUGAAAAUUCAAAUAAAAUAGCAUUAUACGCUUUGUUAAUUUAUAAAUAUGAUAUAUCACAACCAAUUUUUUUAUCAGCUUCAUUUGAUUUAUCGUCAUUUCCUUUUUUUCAUAGAUCUUCUUUGAAAGAACAUAUAUAUUUUCAUUCUAGAUUAGUAUGCAGUAGAACUCCUAGAGGAAACAGAGAAGUUAUAGAAUUAGAAUCAGGUAUUGGGCAUUUACAUAUUUACACAAAUAGUGAAAAUAAUAUAAGUGUGUUAGUACUUUCUACACCAUCCUAUCCAUUAAGAAUUGCCUUUGGGUUAAUAGAUAAUACACAAAAAUUAUUUAUAGAAAAAUGUAAAGGGCAAUAUGAAAAUAUUACACAAGAUUUAAAAGAAGGAGUAUUAUUUAAUAAUGAAUUAAAUGAAUUAUUAAAAAAAUAUCAAAAUCCGUCUGAAGCAGACAAAUUAUCAAAAGUACAAAAAGAUCUUGAUGAAGUUAAAGAUGUUAUGUUAAAAAACAUUGAAGACCUUUUACAAAGAGGAGAGAAAUUAGAUGAUUUAAUGAAAAAAAGUCAAGAUCUUUCGAAUUCAUCCUAUCAAUUUUACAGACAAGCUAAGAAAAAUAAUCAAUGUUGUAAGUUAUAUUGA